UAGGGCAGAUCCAGCGGCGCUAGGAUGAGAGGGCGGGGUCACACAGGCGCCCCCCAGCGAGGAAGCAUGACUUCCUUGAUUCUCAUCAUGCUCUCCUUCAUGGCCUGCUUUUACAUCGGUGGGAGGCUGUGGCAGGAUGCCGAGACUCGGCUGCUGCUUGUUGGGCUGAUCGAGAAAAAUGAGGGAAAGGGACAGGCCGUAUCGGUGGACGAGACCCUCAAGCUGAUCGACUGCAAGGACCAGAAGAAGAGAGUGUCGGCGCUAGAGAUGGAGCUGGCGGCGGCCAAGAGCCAAGGCUUCAGUACGCGAAGGCUGCGAGCUGAGAACCAAACAAGGGCUGCAGGACGGCUACAUGUUGUCAUGGGCAUCAAUACUGGAUUCGGGCAGCAUGCCAGGCGCGAUUCCAUUCGAAACACCUGGAUGCCGAAAGGGACGGCUUUGAAGAAACUGGAGGAUGACAAGGGCGUCGUCAUCCGUUUCGUUGUGGGGAGAAGCGCAAACAGAGGGGACAGCCUAGAUCGAUUUAUUGACGACGAAAACAACAGAACACAUGACUUCCUUAUUCUGGACGACCAUGUAGAAGAGCCGGAGGAGAUACCGAGGAAAGCCAAAAAGUUUUUUGCCACUGCCGUCGAGACAUGGGAUGCAGACUUCUUCUUGAAGGUAGAUGACGACGUUUAUGUGAAUAUCGAUAAGCUAGGCGAGAUGCUUGCUCAGCACUGGGACAAGCCCAGGAUAUACAUCGGGUGCAUGAAGUCUGGUGAAGUGUUCUCCGACUCAAAGCAGCGGUGGUACGAGCCCGAGUGGUGGAAGUUUGGCGAUCAGAAGGGGUAUAUGCGUCAUGCUGAGGCACGGAUGUAUGGCGUGAGCAGGGCCUUGGCUCAGUACAUUUCUAUCAACAAUCCGGUUUUGCAUGUGUAUCGGCACGAGGAUGUGAUGGUGGGAUCGUGGAUGCUAGGACUAGACGUGGAGCACGUAGAUGAGCGACGGCUCUGCUGCUCCAGUGGCCAAGCUGGUGCUGUUUGUGCUGCCUCGUAACACUGCGUUUUUGGCUGGAUACCUUGGUGUUUGUUAAGUAAAGGUUUCAUGAGCU